ACAAUGAGACAAUGAGACAAUAAGACAAUGAGACAAUAAGACAAUGAGACAAUAAGGCCUAUCGGUCUCUUGACUCUCUAUGGCAGGACAAGUUUGGAGCACAGAAGACCCCGCCUAGACAGAUCAAGUAUCACAGACAAUAUAAGGCCCAUUUUUAUGAUUCCAUUGUAGAGUAACAGCAACAUCUUUUACCCACAGAAGCCACUUCGAGACAACAGCAUCUUGAGGAAAGUGAGGGUCAAGGCGUCUAUGCCACCUGCUCCACUCUGCCUCGUGCUCGGGAACUUCCGCCUUACAUAGACGUACUGUCGCCCUCAACAACUUCCGGGAAGCGCAAAGUGGCGAAUGUCGCGAACCCAGGAUACGGCACAGGCAGUAUGAUCAUUGCCGGCACAGACUGGAGCCACUCCAAGAACGGCCAGCGCCCCCUGCCCCACACCCCCCUGCCCCACACACCCCUGGACUGUGACUCCGGCUAUGAGGAGAUUGACGAGAACGCUGUCUCUGCCAUUUCCGGAGCCUCUCAAAACGAGGCUGGCCCUUCCCCUUACAUUGACGUCAUCAACGAUGGGUACGAAGUUCCUGUGAGUCCCAGAAGUUUGUCUGUUGGGACCUUACCGGCGCAUGCUCACACUCACAGCCGACAGAACGAGAGUCAGAUGAACAGAAGAGCGACAGAAGGAGGGAGGUAUAGGUCUGCGCCAAAUGUGGAAUUUCUCCCCAAAGACUCGGAGACAUUGUACGCCAAUCGGAGGUCCCGCCAACUUUACAGCAACGAUGUGGGCGUAGACACUCAGAUGUAAACACAGCAAGCAACAUGCAGAACACAGCAUGCAACAUGCAGAAUACAACAAGCAACAUGCAGAAUACAGCAAGCAACAUGCAAAACACAACAAGCAACAUGCAGAAUACAACAAGCAACAUGCAGAAUACAGCAAGCAACAUGCAAAACACAACAAGCAACAUGCAGAAUACAACAAGCAACAUGCAGAAUACAGCAAGCAACAUGCAGAAUACAGCAAGCAACAUGCAGAAUACAGCAAGCAACAUGCAGAAUACAACAAGCAACAUGCAGAAUACAACAAGCAACAUGCAGAAGCCAGCAAGCAACAUGCAGAAUACAACAAGCAACAUGCAGAAGCCAGCAAGCAACAUGCAGAAUACAACAAGCAACAUGCAGAAGCCAGCAAGCAACAUGCAGAAUACAACAAGCAACAUGCAGAAGCCAGCAAGCAACAUGCAGAAUACAACAAGCAACAUGCAGAAGCCAGCAAGCAACAUGCAGAAUACAACGAGCAACAUGCAGAAGCCAGCAAGCGUGAAAGAAUAGAUGAAAUGUACGAGGGUUGUCCUGAAAUUAAGGUAACGAUCACCAGAACUUGGACAAUUCUCAUUGACUGACAAUGAAAUGUUCACAGAGAGUAUUCACAUUGAUUGUCUCCUCUACUUCUCAGUGCAUUCACCGGGAAAAAACAACACAUUUCUGCAAUUCGCGCACAAGGUGACAUAUCUUUGAGUUCUCCACGUCGUCACUGGGAACUUCUUCCUCUGUGUUGUCCCGAUAGAUGUUGUCCAAGUGAUACAGACCUGAGACAGGUGAUGACCUAAGAGAGUAAGGUCUGGACUGUAAUGUCGUCUAAGUGAUACAGACCUGAGACAGGUGAUAACCUAAGAGAGUAAGGUCUGGACUGUAAUGUCGUCUAAGUGAUACAGACCUGAGACAGGUGAUAACCUAAGAGAGUAAGGUCUGGACUGUAAUGUCGUCUAAGUGAUACAGACCUGAGACAGGUGAUAACCUAAGAGAGUAAGGUCUGGACUGUAAUGUCGUCUAAGUGAUACAGACCUGAGACCGGUGAUAACCUAAGAGAGUAAGGUUUGGACUGUAAUGUCUAAGUGAUACAGACCUGAGACAGGUGAUAACCUAAGAGAGUAAGGUCUGGACUGUAAUGUCGUCUAAGUGAUACAGACCUGAGACAGGUGAUGACCUAAGAGAGUAAGGUCUGGACUGUAAUGUCUAAGUGAUACAGACAUGAUAGAUCUAACCUAAGAGAGUAAGGUCCGGACUGUAAUGUGGGUGUGGCAGCACCGCCUAAUUGUAUCUCCGGCCUCAGUCCUUGGACAGUUUUGCUGUCUGUGCUGUGACGCUGACACGCUGCAAGAUGAUGGCUCUCUCCAUCACUGUGUCUGACAGGGCUGACACGCUGCAAGAUGAUGGCUUUCUCCAUCACUGUGUCUGACAGGGCUGACACGCUGCAAGAUGAUGGCUCUCUCCAUCACCGUGUCUGACAGGGCUGACACGCUGCAAGAUGAUGGCUUUCUCCAUCACUGUGUCUGACAGGGCUGACACGCUGCAAGAUGAUGGCUCUCUCCAUCACUGUGUCUGACAGGGCUGACACGCUGCAAGAUGAUGGCUCUCUCCAUCACUGUGUCUGACAGGGCUGACACGCUGCAAGAUGAUGGCUCUCUCCAUCACUGUGUCUGACAGGGCUGACACGCUGCAAGAUGAUGGCUCUCUCCAUCACCGUGUCUGACAGGGCUGACACGCUGCAAGAUGAUGGCUCUCUCCAUCACUGUGUCUGACAGGGCUGACACGCUGCAAGAUGAUGGCUCUCUCCAUCACUGUGUCUGACAGGGCUGACACGCUGCAAGAUGAUGGCUCUCUCCAUCACUGUGUCUGACAGGGCUGACACGCUGCAAGAUGAUGGCUCUCUCCAUCACUGUGUCUGACAGGGCUAUCUUGUCUCUGUCAUUCUGACACUUGUCCUAAAUAUCUCCAUUUUCUUCUUUUUAUUUGUAUCUUCGAUUCCAGCUCUUUCCAACGCUUCAUGAAAUCAAUUUAUUUCAAUGUGAUUUUAUGAAUAAAAUUAUUCGUAAACAUUU